AGGAAACCAACAUGAAGAAUCAACAUCAACUACCGAUGAAGAGACAGAGCCACAGAACAGAGAUCAGAGGAAGAGAAGAGACAGAAGUCAUGUCCAAAGUGUGGCCAGCUCUCACAUGUCAGAAAGUCAGUGUGACUCUUAUGUCAGAAGAAAGUUUAAGAUCAAAACUUCUGUUAAGAAACACAAACAAUCUGCAAAAGAAAAGAGACUUUCCUCUACAGGGUCUGGAAAAAGAACAAGAAAUCCACACGACGUGUCCGUCUACAUGAGAACUAAGUCUGAUGAACAACCUCAUGUCUGUAAAGAAUGUGACAGAAGUUUUAGUUAUGCAUCUAAACUUAGGAGACACAUGAGAACUCACACAGGAGAAAAGCCUUUCUCAUGUAAAGAAUGUGACAGAAGUUUUAGUGCUAAAUCUACUCUCAAAGAUCACAUGAGAACUCAUACAGUAGAGAAGCCUUUCUUGUGUAAAGAAUGUGACAGAAGUUUUGGUGCUAAUUCUAGUCUCAAAAAACACAUGAGAACUCAUACAGGAGAGAAGCCUUUUUUGUGUCAAGAAUGUGAUACAAGUUUUAGCUAUAAAUCUAGUCUCAAAGAACACAUGAGAACUCAUACGGGAGAGAAGCCUUUCUUGUGUAAAGAAUGUGACAGAAGUUUUGGUGCUAAAUCUAAUCUCAAAGGACACAUGAGAACUCAUACGGGAGAGAAGCCUUUUUUGUGUCAAGAAUGUGACAGAAGUUUUAGUUAUGCAACUAAACUUAGGAGACACAUGAGAACUCACACAGGAGAGACGCCUUUUUCAUGUAAAGAAUGUGACAGAAGUUUUAGCAAUAAAUAUAAUCUCAAAACACACAUGAGAACUCAUACAGGAGAGAAGCCUUUCUUGUGUAAAGAAUGUGACAGAAGUUUUGGUGCUAAAUCUAGUCUCAAAAAACACAUGAGAACUCAUACAGGAGAGAAGCCUUUUUUGUGUAAAGAAUGUGAUAGAAGUUUUAGCGAUAUAUCUAGUCUCAAAAAACACAUGAGAACUCAUACAGGAGAGAAGCCUUUCUUGUGUAAAGAAUGUGAUACAAGUUUUAGCUAUAUAUCUAGUCUCAAAAGACACAUGAGAACUCAUACGGGAGAGAAGCCUUUUUUGUGUCAAGAAUGUGACAGAAGUUUUAGUCAAAGAAAUCAUCUCAAAAGACACAUGAGAACUCAUACAGGAGAAAAGCCUUUUUCGUGUAAAAAAAUGUGACAGAUUUAAAUUAAAUCUAGUCUCAAAAAACACACAAGAACUCAUACAGGAGAGAAUUUUAUUUUUGAAAGCAAGUGAAACCCACAGUGUAUAAAUCUCGAAGAAAAGACAAUGUUUUUACUUGGAACAUUAAAAUAUAGUGAAAAACAUUUUUCCCUAUUUUAAGGGCCAUGUAAAAUCAACUUUUUAAAAGUGUAUUAUAAUGUUCAUUCUUCACUAUAAACAACCCAAAAUUAUUAUUUUGAUCCUUUCAUGCAUUGCUGAGUCUUCCUCUAAAAAUCUGCACUCUGAGCACCAGCCCCUCCUAACCCACAAAAACAAGCUGGUUCUCACAAACUGACAUCACAAAGUGAGGACGGCCCCUUUCAGGAAGUGUCUCCACUGCUAGCACUGCCCCAGGCUAAACACCUUCAAAAUUCUUUCAUUUUAGCAUUGAGUCUGAGAAGAAAUGGGUUCCUCUUGCACCUGAUCUGCAGAGACAUAGAUCUAUAUGGAUAUAGUUUACUCUGAAAGGCUUAAGAGUGUCAUGAUAAAGACCUUAAAAUGGUCUGUCAGUUGGUAAAAUGAAGUUGGUUUCUAAAACACUUCACUGCUGACGAGCUGUGUGGAGAUUCUGCUUUUAUUUUCCAGCAGAACUUGGAUCAUUUCCACUCUACUAAAGGUACCUAAAGCUGCUUAUCCCUAAACAUCUGUUUCUGUGUUUGAUCAACCAGCAAAUUCCCUGACCUGAACCAAUAAAAAUCUAUGAAGUGUUUUUAAAGAGGAAGAUGAGACAGCAGAGCCAACAAUGAAGAUGAGCUGAAGUCAGCUAUCAAAGCAACCUGAGCUUUCAUUCCAUGUACACAGAGCCACAGGCUGAUGGCCUCCAUACCACAUUGAUGCAGUCAUUGAAUGAAAAGGAAGAACAAGUGAUUAUUGAAUGCAGAGAAAAGAACAGUUUUCUGAAUCUGACAUGUGCUGAAAACAUUCUUUUAUGAUUCUUCUGAUUGAAUAUUCUCAUUUUCUAAAACUAUUAUUAUGAUGUCAUCAUCUAUUAGUCAUUAUGAUCACACUGAUCAAAAUAAAGAAAUGUGUAAAUAAUUCUAUACAUCAUGAGUUUCAUUUUUGUGUUGAUGAAAAAAAGAUGUAACUAGAUUAUGAAAUGUCUGUUACAAAUACUUGGAAAUUGAAAUGUUUUGUUUUAGAUUAUUGGAAGUUAAAAUGUCUUGUUUUGAAUUAUGACAGUAAGGUUUGAUUUAAGAAAAAUGUUGGUUGAUUUUUAUUAAUACAUUUUGUACUUUCAUGAUAUUGUAGUUUAUGUAGAGAAAAUGUUAUCUGUGUCUGUGUGCUACCAUGGUAACAGUAGAAUUAUUACACAUCUAGUUCUAUCAGUUUUUAUAUGAGUUGUUAACAUUUCAAUAUUGUUUUUCGAAAUAAAAUGUCAGUUUAAUUUGCAGUUUUUUGCUGACUAAUGUCAGUAGAUAACUGUUAAUCAAGAUUUUUCUGAAAUUGUAUUAAAGAAGAGUCAGGGUGUGUUGUUGUGAUUCCUGUUUUGUAUCAGAGAUUAGAAGUGUUUCUCUGUUCUUUUUAGU